UAUUGCGCAUGCCUGAAAACAACGCCAUCUUGGAAGCUGACUGCGGUAGGGAGGAGUAAUUUAAUGUAGUGAACAGCUUAAUGUAAACAUUGUUGUUGGAAAUAUAGUAUACAUAGAAUAAGAUAAAUAAUAGACACUUUAAAUUUUUCAUUCCUUACGAUAUUUGCAUUGAUUACUCGUAUAAUGAGUCAUAAUAUUCGUUCAUUGGCAUGUCCUAGUCAUUGACGUUUGUAAUGAGACGUACUACUUUUAUAAAUACAUUGCAAUACUAAAUAACAUUGAUUUUCUUGACAAAACUAGUCAGAGUGAGGUCGAUUGUAGACUAGUUAUUAAUAAGAAGAAUGUAGUGAAAUCAUGAGGUUGCUUUUAUCAUAUUUGUUGGAGAGAAAGCAGCAAUAAGAACAUUUUGAAGUCUUGCAAAUGAAAUAAUUUGGUUGGGAUUACCAUGCCUUCUUUACCGAGACCUGGUAAUUUGAGGGAUCCUGAAAUAGCUGAAUUGUUUGACAGAGAAGAUCCGGAAAAGAUAUUUAUUGACCUAAGAGAAAUUGGACAUGGAAGUUUUGGAGCUGUAUAUUAUGCAAGAAAUGCAGUCACAAAAGAAGUGGUUGCUAUCAAAAAGAUGUCUUUUACUGGAAAGCAAUCUGCUGAGAAAUGGCAAGACAUAAUUAAAGAAGUAAAAUUUCUACGCCAACUAAAACAUCGAAAUACUAUAGAUUACAAAGGAUGUUAUUUAAAAGAGCAUACAGCUUGGCUUAUUAUGGAAUACUGUCUUGGUUCAGCUUCAGACAUAAUAGAAGUGCACAAAAAGCCUCUCAAAGAAGAAGAAAUAGCAGCAAUUUGCCAAGAUGCUCUUCAAGGUUUGGAAUACCUACACUCUCUUGGGAGAAUACAUAGAGAUGUUAAAGCUGGGAAUAUAUUGCUAACUGAAAAUGGCACAGUUAAAUUGGCUGAUUUUGGGUCAGCGUCUAUGGCUUCACCCGCUAACUCUUUUGUUGGCACACCAUACUGGAUGGCACCAGAAGUAAUUUUAGCAAUGGAUGAAGGACAGUAUGAUGGCAAGGUUGAUAUAUGGUCACUUGGCAUAACUUGCAUUGAAUUAGCUGAACGAAAGCCACCCUAUUUCAACAUGAAUGCAAUGAGUGCCUUGUAUCAUAUAGCCCAAAAUGAUUCGCCAUCUUUAGGGCCUGGUGACUGGUCAGAGUCUUUCCAUCACUUUGUAGAAACCUGUUUACAAAAGCAUCCUACUGAUCGACCGAUAGCUGCCAGAUUGCUACAGCAUCCAUUUAUAAUUAGCCCUCGACCUUCCAGAGUAAUAAUGGAUCUUAUACACCGUACAAAAGCUGCAGUUAGAGAGUUAGACAAUUUAAAUUACCGUAAAAUGAAGAAAAUCUUAAUGGUGGAUUCCCAAGAAAACGAAGUGAGUACUGGCGAACCUGAAGAAGACAGUACUGAAGAUGAUCAAAUUGGUGGAGAUAGCAGUAAAAGCAAUAGCAUUGCUAGUACACACAGUCAGCAGAGUGAAAAUAUAAGUGCUGGAAGCCAGAGCAGUAGUACGAGUAGUCUUCCACCAGCGUCUGAAACAGAUUCCACUUACAAUUAUCCAGCUUCAUUCCGUGAAAGGGGUGGAAUUCGUCUUAGUCCAUCGAAUUCAUCAUCUACCAGUUUGAAUAGUGCAGAUGUUGGAGCAAAUAAUUUUGCUACAAUUAGAACAACAUCAAUUGUUACUAGACAAAUCAAGGAACAUGAACAAGAGAAUCAUAUGCAUGAACAGAUGUCUGGCUACAAGCGAAUGAGACGCCAACAUCAAAAAGCUCUCAUACAACUUGAAGCCAAAUGUCGGCAAGAAAUGGAAGAACAUAAGCAAAAAUUAGACAAAGAAUAUGAAAAUAUUCUCACUCAAUUCAGUAAGGAACUUGAAAAACUUCAAAUGAAGCAUCAGCAAGAAUUAGAAAGAAAGCUCAAACAAAAUUUAGCUAGUGAAAAGCGAAUUAGUAAAAAUAUAUCACAACAACAUGAAGAUGAAAUAAAACGGUAUCAAGCUCAACAGAAAACAGAGUAUAAGUAUUUGAAAGACAGGUUAAAAAGAGAAAUCAGUGGUGAUGGUUCUUCAAGGCAAAGAGACGAUGUUAUUCGAAAUCACAAGGAAGAAGUUCUCCAACGCCAAACAGCAUCCAUGCAACGCCUUCAAAGAGAACACUCUGAUACACAUCGCUUAGAAAUUAGAAAGUUUCGUAGACGAAAAUUAUUACAGUAUCAUCAAAUGGAACAAAAUCUUCUAAGAGAUGAAUUAAAUAAGAGACAGUCUCAACUAGUACAAGCCCAUUCUAUGUUACUUCACCAUCAUGACUGUACUCAAGAAUUAGAAUACCGUCAACAAAGGACUGUUCAUCAACUAAGAGAAGAACAUGUUCGUAAACAGCACCAAACUGAAUUAGCCAAUCAACAAGAGUAUAACUCUAGAAGAGAAAGAGAGCUUCGAAAAAAACAUGCCUUAGAAGUUAAGCAGCAGCCAAAAAGCUUAAAGCAAAAAGAAUUGAUGAUUCGAAAGCAAUUUAGAGAGACUUGCAAAAUUCAAACAAGACAGUACAAAGCUUGGAAAAAUCAAAUUUUGGCUUCCACUCCUAAAGAGGAACAAAAAUUAGUUAUUAAAAAAUUAAAAGAAGAGCAAAUGAGGAAGCUAGCCAUCCUUGGUGAACAAUAUGAACAGAGCAUUGCUGACAUGCUACAAAAACAAUCUUUAGAAAAACAGCAAUUUCAGGAGGAACGAGCUGAAAGACAAAGGUUACUAUUAGAACGCCAAGCUCGAGAGAUUGAAGCAUUCGAUGAAGAAAGUGCUAGAUUGGGAUUUGAUGCCAUGGCUAUCGCCGAAGCCUCUCAGGAACCUUUACCUGCCGAUGACCUCAGCAUCAGUGGUAGCAUGCUCAGUUUGGCUCAUAGUAACAGUGCUAGCUCCUUCACUCAUACUGCACUCUAGUAUUUACUGAAACUUUUUAUUAAGGAAACGCUAACACAAAACACCCUUCUGCUGCCAUGGAUCAUGUGCAAAUAUGCGAGAUUAAUUAAUUGGUCUUGAAAGUGAUGAAGAGUGGUACAACACAUGGUGAGAAAAAAUGUCUGCAAUCUUUGAUAGGGAAAACAUGGUCUGCUGUUUUUGCUUCCCUCUGGCGACUUGAUGUAGUUGCAUUACGCUUUUAGAACGAGGUGCAACGGCAACCGAAGGUAUUUAAAACUUAAUUUGUGAAUGUAUAAGUUAUUAAGAUUAUAAGACUGUGUGAGAGAAGAGUGUAUGCAAUGUUUUGAUUGUAACUGUUUGCUGCCUGAUGUGUGUAGUUUCUAUCCGAAUCUCAAGAGGAGAUUGCAAAAGAAUUUUGUAAUACAUUUGUAAUAUUUUUUGAAGUCUAUCAUUUUAAAGCUUUGGUAUUUAUAUUUUAAUGUACUGGUUAAAAGAAGAAAAAAAAAUUAUAUCCAUCUAGUCUGAGAGCAUAUGCUGGAGACCAUAGAAACAUGUCAGUGUUCUGUGUUUAAGUAAGAAGUUUAGCUCUUUAUAUGGAUUUAAUUAUCCAAUUUCUACCAUGUGUUGUGAAUUAGUAACAUCCCCCUGGUCUCAAGCUGUUAUUUUUUUUAAAAAAAGAGCAGGGUUUCAUAUUUAUUUUCUUCCUGAACCCUGCUGUCUUAGAAUAAUUUUAAACUAUUAAUGACAUUAAUGUAGAGUUCAAUUAAAUACCAUAGAAUGGAUUGAAACUUCUAAUUGCUACUUUCAAUAAUAUACAAAAAUUUCUAAAAUUAUAUAUAUAUAUUUUCUCUGCGAGAUGAAAAGUUCCCUUUGUAUUUAUAGAACUUUAAAAGAAAAAAAAAUGAAUUAAAAAAUUGAAAUUGACUUUAAAAAUUACAUUUUGAAUUUUCAGUUGAUUAACAGAUGUGCUUAGUCCACUCUCUUAUUAGACAUCACAUUUUAUAGCAUUUCCCAUGCUUCACUUUUGUAUACAGCCUGACUGAUGAAAUCAUCUCAGAGCUGUUGUAAAUUUGAUGUGCUCACCUUACAAAAGUAAUUAACUUCCAUUUGUAUAUAGCACUGUAUAAAAUGUCACUGUGAAAUGUUUAAUAAAAAUUGUAGAUUAUACCUUU